AUGGAGCUGUUGUGCCUCGAAUUGGACACGAAUAUACGCGCUAAACCAGACCCGAACCUCCUGUGUGAUGACAGAGUGCUGCACAGUUUGCUGACCAUAGAAGAGACGUAUCUUCCACCGCCGUAUUCCUAUUUCAAAGGUGUCCAGAAAGACAUUCAGCCUUUUAUGAGGAGGAUGGUCGCCACUUGGAUGUUGGAGGUUUGCGAGGAGCAGAAGUGCGAGGAAGAAGUUUUUCCUUUGGCCAUGAACUACUUAGACAGAUUUUUAGCCGUGGUGCCCACCAAAAAGUGUAACCUGCAGCUGUUGGGAGCCGUCUGCAUGUUCCUCGCAUCCAAAUUAAAAGACACUCGUCCCUUAACUGCGGAGAAGCUUUGCAUCUACACAGACAACUCCAUCAGACCACAGGAACUCCUGGAAUGGGAACUGGUGGUGUUGGGAAAGUUGAAGUGGAACCUUGCAGCUGUUACACCAAACGACUUCAUUGAGUACAUUUUAAGGAGGCUGCCCCUGCCUGAAGAUAAGCUGGCACUUAUACGCAAACAUGUCCAAACCUUCAUUGCCCUUUGUGCAACAGAUUUUUCAUUCGCUAUGUAUCCUCCUUCAAUGAUUGCCACUGGGAGUGUGGGAGCAGCUAUCUGUGGCUUACAACUCAACUCGAAUACCCAGUCACAGUGGGGCGACAGUCUGACAGAUCUACUUGCAAAAAUCACAAACACAGAAGUGGAUGUUCUCAAAGCCUGCCAAGAACAUAUCGAGCGUGUUUUGGUGAGCAGUCUCCGUGAAGGCCGUCAGCAGCAGCAGCAGCAGCAGCAGCAAACACAGAGAGGCUCCAGUAACAAAGGCCUAGAGGAGCUGGACCAGUCUUCCACACCCACAGAUAUAGUCAGCAUCAAAUAUGUGCCUGUUCACAUAUGCUCCUCGUGUUUUAGAAGAGGCCACAGCUGCCCCGCGGCUGCGGCUCCUGUCGUCACUCUGGCUUUGUGCAAGAAAGCCGGGAUCCGAAUAACGAGGACAAUGGCUACUCUCAUUUGUGGAUUUACGUUUAUUCGACAUGGAGAAACCAACUACAAUAGAAAAGGUAUUUUACAAGGUCAAGCGAUAGACUCACCACUGUCUGAUACUGGAGGGAAACAGGCAGACGCUGCAGGACUGUACCUGAAGGACGUUAAGUUCAACCAUGUUUAUGUCAGCGACAUGUUACGAGCUCGACAGACUGCAGACUGCAUAUGGAAACAAAACUGCAGCUGCUCAGCUUUGCAAAUGAAUUGUGACUCCUUGCUCAAAGAAAGGAGUUUUGGAAUAGCAGAGGGACAACAAAUGAAAGACGUGAAAGAACUGGCCGCAGCAGCUGGUCAGUCAUUUCCAGACUUCACUCCUGCAGGAGGAGAAACUCGAGAGCAGGUCAAGGAACGUUUCAAACUAUUUUGGGAGAAAAGUAUCCAGGAAAUUGGGAGCGAGCACUGGGAUACAAAGGCAAAGCAGGGCUCUCCAUCAGCGCUGCCCCCGGCCCCUGCAGAGGGGAAGCCUGACGACGGGCUGCAGCAUGUGCCUGUGCAUGUGCUUGUGGUCACUCACGGAGCGUAUAUGCGAGAGGCGUACAGGCUAAAAUAG